UGGCGGUUGAUUCACAGGCACGAGGAAGAGGAAUUCAUGAAAUGUGGCACUUCGAUGAAACCAAUUAAUGUGCCAAAAUCAAUGCCACUUCCUCCUUAUUUGCGAGCAGUUUGUGAAAAAGGUGAUGUGAUAGGUAUGGAAGAGAAAAGGAUAGACAUGGAUUUAUGCCUGGAUCCUCAGUUCGAAAUGAUCGGACACCUUUUCAAGCAGGUGGAAACACGUCAUGGGAAUUCAAUUUAUGAAGAAACUAGGCCAGAAGUUUGGCUUGAUUUAUAUGGCAAUGAAAUGCCAACAAAAAUAGAAGCAUGGACAGUCGGGCCGGCACAACUGAGACACCAGUUUGACAAUUCAGUCCCCACUGCGCAGCCGGCGGAACUUGAAAAUCUGUCGUUGCCUGAACUAACCUUUGAUCCUGCCGAGUGUGACGAUGAUGCAGCUACGGCAGCUCAGAGCUAA